UAAAAAUUAAUAAGAGGAAUUGAUGUUUCCUACAACAAACAAAAGCUAUAUAUUAAACUUUUAGCAUAAAGAUCAAAUUCUUGCUAGCUAGAAUUAUUGAAUACUAUACGCAAACAUAUAAUCCUAUCCCUAUCACAAAAUGUGGACGAAUUUCAGAGAAUGGACAACUUGUAGUAAGGAGCACCACAUCUCAGCUUCCCACGCCUCUUACUUUGAUCUCUAUAUAAGCAGAACAAACUUUGUUUCAAAAAGAUUGUCCCAAAUUUUAUAUUUUUUUUUUACCCUGUUGAUGUAUAAUGGCAUUACCAAUUCAAAUCACUUUUUGUGUUUGGUUUCUCUCCAUUUUCACUUCAAAAUUUCUUCUAUCUUUAGCACAAUGGGACACUUACGUUAUCCAUAUGGACUUAUCAUCCAUGCCAAGAGCUUUUACAAGCCAUCAGAAUUGGUAUUUGUCCACCCUUAACUCCAUUUCAGAUACUAAAACUACAGAAACCUCAGAUUUUUCAUCAUUCUCCUCAAAGCUUGUUUAUGCUUACAGUAAUGCUAUCCAUGGUUUUAGUGCAGUUCUUUCUCCUUCCGAACUAGAAACCAUAAGAAAUCAUCCCGGCUUUGUUCAUGCAACUAAAGACAGGUCCGUCAGAAAGGACACAACACAUUCAUCCAAGUUCAUUGGCCUCAACUCCAAUUACGGCGUUUGGCCUAAUUCAGGCUACGGGAAAGAUGUCAUUAUUGGUUUAGUGGACACCGGAGUGUGGCCGGAGAGCAAAAGUUACAACGACGAUGGAAUAGCUGAAGUUCCUUCCAGAUGGAAAGGAGAAUGUGAAGCUGGUUUUCAAUUCAAUUCCUCCUUAUGCAACAAGAAACUCAUCGGAGCGCGCUACUUCAACAAAGGUUUACUUGCAAAAUAUCCCAAUUUGACAAUCUCAAUGAAUUCGACCCGCGAUAUAGAUGGACAUGGAACUCACACUUCAUCCACUGCUGCCGGAAGUUCUGUUCAGGGAGCAUCUUUCUUCGGUUACGCUUCGGGAACCGCGACCGGAAUGGCUCCAAAAGCUCGAGUCGCAAUGUAUAAGGCUUUGUGGGAAGAAGGAGCUUACUUGUCUGACAUUAUAGCGGCAAUUGAUGCAGCAAUUGGCGAUGGAGUUGAUGUGUUAUCGUUAUCAUUGGGAUUGGAUGGAGUGCCAUUGUAUGAAGAUCCUAUUGCCAUAGCAACAUUUGCAGCUAUGGAGAAAGGGAUUUUUGUGUCAACAUCAGCUGGAAAUGAAGGGCCAUUUUUUGGUACCCUGCAUAAUGGAAUCCCUUGGGUUCUUACAGUUGCUGCUGGCACAAUUGAUCGCCAGUUCAAUGGAAUGAUUAAUCUUGGAAAUGGGAUCUCAAUUACUGGAUUAACUCUCUAUCCUGGAAAUGUUACUUCUGAGAAAAUCCCAAUUGUGUUCAACAAUGCAUGCAAAAGCAUUGAAGAGUUGAAGAAACUUCAGGGGAAGAUUGUUGUCUGUUUUGACAAUAACCAAACAUUGGGUGAACAAGUUUACAAUUUGCAAAGCACAAAAGGAAUUGCUGGUGGUGUCUUCAUCACAAACAACACAGAUUUGGAAUUCUUUCUUCAAUCUGAAUUUCCAGCUAUCUUUGUAGACCUUCAAAAUGGUGCAAAACUCUUGGACUUCAUCAAGGGAACCUCUCCUCCAAAAGCUAGUCUUAAAUUCCGCGGAACUCAAAUUGGAACAAAACCAGCACCAAUGGUGGCUAGUUACAGCUCAAGGGGUCCAUCUCAAAGCUGUCCAAAUGUGUUGAAACCUGAUCUACUGGCUCCCGGCGCACUCGUCUUGGCUUCGUGGCCUGAUAAAUCGCCGGUAACCUCUAUAACUUCCGGCGAUCUUUUCAACAGCUUUAACAUCAUUUCCGGGACAUCAAUGUCCUGCCCACAUGCCGCCGGAGUUGGAGCACUUCUGAGAGGUAUACAUCCCGAUUGGAGUCCGGCCGCCAUCCGGUCAUCAUUGAUGACCACAGCUGAUUUAUUGGACAACAUAAAUCAUCCAAUAACCGACAUUGGAUUCAAUGGUGAUUCCGCCACUCCUUUUGCAAUGGGAGCUGGACAUAUUAAUCCAAACAAGGCAUUAGACCCUGGAUUAGUAUAUGAAGCUGGAACAGGGGAUUACAUCAAUCUUUUAUGUGCAAUGAAUUUCACAUCCCUACAAAUUCAGUCCAUUACAAGGUCAUCUUCUUACAAAUGCUCGAACCCAUCUCUGGAUUUGAACUACCCAUCAUUCAUAUUAUACUUCAGAGCAAACAGCAGCCAAUCAACAGUGAAACAAUUCACCAGGACAGUCACCAACGUUGGCGAUGGAAUGGCGGUUUAUUCGGCGAAAUUGGCGCCAAUGGAUGGAUUUAAAGUUAGUGUAACUCCUGACAAGCUGAUUUUCAGAAAGAAGUAUGAGAAACAGAGUUACAAACUGACAGUUGAAGGUCCGACAGCAGCCACGGUUGAUUUGGUGGUUUAUGGUUCAUUGAGCUGGGAAGAGAAUGGCGGUAAACAUGUUGUUAGAAGUCCAAUUGCAGCAACAAGCCUAACUGUACAAAAAUUGUCAGCCUAAUAAGACUAACUUUUGUACUACUUCUUAACCAUGUGAUGAACAACUGUCCAAUUAUUAAGGUAAAUGAAAAAAAAUCAAUAUUCAUGUUGGAAUUUGUCUAAAAAAUGUGGAUACGUACAAUGAAUUUGAGUGUGAUAUAUGUUCGGUUAGAACAUUUCAUAGUUUUUGUACCAAAAAAAAUAAAAUAAAAUAAAAAUAUCUAUAUGUACAAUUGCCCAAAGUUUUUGGGGCACAUUAUUGUAAACUUUGAUGAUUGUUAUAAUGUGUGACAAAAAUUCAGCAAGUUUACAGCUAAUAGUCCCCAAGAGGAAGCCUUUUGCCUGUGGAAAAAUAAGGCUCAAGUGGCCCUUUUGUGUGCUGUUAGAAUCGACUCGUGAUUUGGAAAACAACAAAAGAAACUAAGGGCAGGGAAAACAUAGA